AUGUAGAGACGUGAGGAAGAGGAGGCGUUCCGGCCUCUGGUCGGGGCAUGGCAAGCGGUGGGGCCGGCUCGUCUAAGGACCAGCCGCCCGGAAAGCGCUCGGCGCUCAGGAGGAGCGACUCGACUACCAGCGCCAGGGGCAUCCUUCGACACAAAGGCGCCAUGAAGCCGGCUGUUCAGGUGCCGCCGGACGCGGCUGUCAAGUGGAACGAGGAAAACGUCAAGAAGACGUUCCACCCACAAGACAAGGACUACGGCUUGAUGAAGGUGGCCGAACCCAAGACGCCCUACAGCUACGACAUGACCAAAGAACAAAGUCCCGUCGACGCCCAGGUAUUGGCGCAGAGAAUAGAAAUCUGCCGCAACGAGACGCUGAAAUCGGCCAGGAUCAAGCGUGAGGAAGAGGAGAAUAUGACGGAGGCUCAGAGAGAGCGCCAACGAGAAUUCGAGAAGAGGCGCAAGAUGCACUACAACGAGUUCCAGGCCGUCAGGGAAGCGCGGGAGCGAAUGAAGAAGGGCGAGGACGAGGAAGAGGCCGAGGACGAGGAGGCCCAGGCGGUGGCGAAGGCUGCGGAGGCGGCGGCUGAGAGCGCCAAAAAGAAGUGACUGGGGCCCGAAUUAUCAGAGGUCGACAUUCCCGUGACAGAACAAAAAUUCUGCUUCCCCCGAUGAUCGUCGCCAUGCCCAUUGACCUGAGCCGAAACCUCCAUCCACACCUCCUUUACACGCCGUUCUCCCCAGCCGUUUCCCAGACUGUAUCGCUUG